CUCGUUCCUCGUGAUUGGUGGAGAAAGUACCCGUGUGACUAGAUGGGAAACCCCGUAUGAACUCAUCUCCGCUCAGUAAACUCAAAUUUCUAAGCAUUUCAUAAAAGUACGCCGAGUUGUAAAUACGCACGGAACACUCGGUGCAAACAUACCAGACUUAUAUAUUUUUUGUUUUUCACUAGUCAUUGUUUCAUAAUCAUCUGUGCUACAAUGUCUCAGCAGUUCUGUUUAAAAUGGAACAACCACACGACGAACAUGCUUCAAGUGUUCGAAAGUUUAUUAUCUACAGAAGCCCUCGUGGACGUCACACUAGCCUGUGAUGGGCUGAGCCUCAAAGCACAUAAAAUGGUGCUCUCCGCUUGCAGCCCCUUCUUCCAGAGUCUAUUUUUAGAGAAUCCCUGCAAGCACCCCAUUGUGAUAAUGAAAGACAUGAGGUAUUGUGACCUCAAAGCCAUAAUCGACUUCAUGUACCGGGGGGAAGUAAAUGUUUCACACGAUCAACUCUCGGCACUACUCAAAACAGCCGAAACACUAAAAGUUAAAGGUUUAGCGGAAGUCACAGGAGAAAAUAGGCAUGCUUCGGGCAUUGUGCAACAAGAAAUCACACAACAGCAACAACAGUCAACGGUGUCGACGCCUACACCAACACCCCUCACCCCCACUGCUCAAAGGACAGACACGCCGCCCUUACAGGGUAAAAGAAAACGGGGGCGACCCCGGAAACGGUCCCUUAGUGACUCAAAUCGUAGCGACGAUGAGGGUGUUGCUGCAAAAAUCAAAGAAAGAGACUCUCCCGAUGUUGAAGAACUUUCGGGUGACGCAUCAAUGGAUGCCACAAGUGAUAUUCGUUCGGGUGGCGGUCCAGGUUCAUCUAAUUCACAAUCUCAGGUGCAUUCAUCGAACAAUGUAAAUAGUUUCUCUAAAUCUCAUCUGUCCAUCUCACAAGAUCCUCAGGUCGACGAAACAUCUGGUGACGAGAACGAAUUCGAAGUAGAGCCUUCGAAGCUGUUAGAACAAACAUUAACUACAGACAAUGUUCCUUCCAGUAGUCAAAAUAGUACAGGACACAUACAACUUCCAUCUGUAAGUGGCUUAGAAAUAUCCAGGCGGUCUAUGAGUAGCACAGAUAGUCUCAGCCAAGCAUUAGUUCCUGCAUCAGAUUCAUUAGGUUCAAAUUUACAAGCACCUGAUAGCCCACAAGAUAUCAAGCCCCAAAUCCUAUCAUUUGAUGAUCCACCCAUAUCCCCUGUUGCUGGCCCCUCACAUAGUGAAAGGUCUAUGAUGAUGUAUAUGGACCAGUCAGGUGUAUCUUCUAUACCUGGACCAAGUAAUUAUCAGGACAAUAGUGCCCUUGUUCCGCAUGAUUCGCAACCUCAAGGUAUAAAUGUUCUUUCAACUACUUCAAAUAAAAAUCAAAUGAUUAAAUCAGGCAAUAAAAUUUUGUUGCCGUUAUCUCUACCUUCUGGUCCUCAACUCUUUCUCAUUAACAGUGGCGUUUGGGAGCAGCCCAGUGAAAUAGAAAUCGUGAAUGAAUUUUCUUUGGGUAAUUCUAACGCAGAAAUUAAAGUAGAGCCUCCUGAUGUGUUGGAUGAAGUGUUUGAUAAUUCAACUUCAAAAUUUCCGAUUAUUAAUGCUGAUACCCCUCUGCCCACAUUUAGCGAUAUGAUAUAUGAUCAUUUGCAAGAAAAUAAUGUGAGUGCUGUUUGGGGAACUUUUGUAGAUGAAUGUGCCAAGUACUAUUUUGGAAAGUACCCUAACAUACAGAAUAGUAGUGAAUAUCAAGCAAUUGGUCGAAAAAUGUAUGAAACUUAUCCUGCUAUAGGUUAUGAAGGAAAAGAACCAUGGUCCUUUUUCUGCAAAUCAUUGAGCCAAAAAAUUCGCCAUAUGAAAUGGAAAUUAAAGCGAAAAAAACUUGGAUUGACAACUAGGCGACCCAUAAAGGCUAAGGAAGGAGUGAAUAGUUUAAAGUUUCAUAGUUAUAAGCCAAAAGUUGAUCGAAGGUAUACACCAAGUAAGCUCUACAAAGCUCUUUUAAGAGAGCUUUCCAUAGGAUGGUAUAACGAUACUAUCUUAGAGACUCGAAUUUACGAUAUCUUAAAAGCGACUCACAAAGGUCGAGUUACUUGGUUGUCAAACCGUUCACAUCGAAAGAUGUCAUCUCUAGUCAAUGACUGUCCAUGCUUUUCAGUUGGAAAAUAUGUUAUAAAAGAAUUUCUUGAGCAUUUGGAUAAAACAGAUGUUUUAGUAAUGUUACAAAGAUUUGAAUCACUGUUUUCUUCUGUUGGAGCAUUGAUGGAUCCUCCUGUAAAUAAUUCAAGUUUUAAGGAAAAUAUAAAAAUACUGAAAUAUAUUGAAGAACAAAUAGCUUUCCAUAAAGGUCGAAGUAGUUAUCAUUGCAAAAGUAUUGUUGCUCAUAAAAUUAACAUUCCAGAAUUGGAAAUCUUGCAGAAUGUACAAAGUAUAGAAAACUCAUCGCCUUUGCUGUACAUUUUUAGUGAUGGUGAAAAGAUUCAAAAAGCAUAUGUGGCUGGUGACAAAACUGUCAUUACAACCGAUACGACUAACUUCUACGAAGCUCUAAUCACUCUCAUUGCUACGUAUUACGCAUUUUCACUCGACUAUCCCAAAACCUUUGCUCAGGUACUCGGGUUGUUCCAAACAUUUAUAGUUGGUGAAUCCUACAAGGGGAUGCAGAGCAGUAAGUGCCAAGCAUUUAUCAAGAGACUCUCUGCUAAUUUAGUUCUGGGAGAGUAAAACUUACAUUUGAUCUUAACAUCUCAGAGAGGUCAUUAGAAGUAAAGCGUGAAGUUUUCUGCAAUUGCUGUAUUUGUCAUUUUUUUCAACCCUAUUGCAUUUAAAACAAUUUCUAGCUUAACCUUAAUUAUUAUCAGUUCCAAUUACAAUCAAACGUUUUGGCCAUAUUUGCCAUCAUAGUUAUGAUACAUUAUGUAGUUUUUUAAAUGACUUACAUUGAUUAAAACUAUUUCUAUUAAUACCAAACAAUAAAUAUUGAAGGGGUUCUAAUUUAGACACUGUAUUUUCAAUGGUGGGCUUUGAGUGACUCGUGGAAGAAUAAUCACAAAUGAGGCUUUCAUUUUUAAUAAAUGUUUUGAAUGACUCACAAUAUUUUAGUUAUUAACUCACAGAAUUAUGAAUUGAUAAACUAUCAAACAAAUCAUUACUAAUGUAAUAAAAUAAAAAACAGUGACAUUGUCGUCCAUAAAAGCAGCCGUUUUUAAAAUUAAUUCUCAAAAAGAAAAUCAUGGUAAUAUUGCCUGUGAAAACCAUCCUAUAAUCAAGUCAUUAUCACCAUUCAAACUUUUGAGAUUCAUAUGCUCAACAAGUAAAAAUAUUAAUUGUUUUUCCUGUCAGGUUGCACCUUUUGUUUCGAAUUUCUAGCAUAGAAAUAAGGUAAUCUUACCACUCAGAAGCAGAGUUUUAUAUUUGCAUGUCUGGAAAAGCUAUAACAUUAUUUUUCCCCUCACAUAAAGUAUGAAACAGAAAGGAUUCAAAAUGUCUAGAAACUGCAGAUAUAUUAUAGAUAUCUUUUUAUUCAUAAAAGUAAACCAAAGGACUGAAAAGAAUCCUAUCGGUUAUUCAUUUAAUUAUGUUAGAAAAAAAUAUGUAACGUUCACCUAUAAAUUGCAUAAACUUUAAAGCUUCUUGAAUUGUGUUAUUAAAAUUA